AUGAAAUUGAACGAGAAACAGUCUUUGCCACGCUUAUCAACGACCAACAUCCCUCUCUUUGAAAAACCGCGAAAUGUACCGACCCCCAAACCAGUCAUCCCGGACAGAAUCUCGUCCCUCUUUGAGGAGCAGGUUUACGACGAAAACGUCGACCCAAACAUACAGUCAGAUCCCAAGCCCAAACUCCUCCUACGCAAAUCAGUGGAGGGUCCCGCAAUGGCGAAAGUGAAGAAGCUAUACUACGACGAUGCGUUUGCAACGCGUGGAGCACACAACUCCCCCAAAGAUCGCAUCACUUUUGAGUCGGUUGUGGUCGUCGAGCUUAAGACAAAUAUGCAGUUUGACGUUUGUAUGUCCACGGCACUUGCGGAAUUCUCCCACGCCCUCACGGAGGUCUAUCAGCGACCAGAGACAUCGAUGCUGGUGACCAUUGACCAGAACGCGAAUAUACUCUUUGGAACCACCGCCGAUCCUGCCUACCUGUUGAAAGUGUCCGCGUUGUCUAGUCUCAUCGCACCUCUCACCAAUCUUCGCAACACCAGCCUCAUCCAGUCAAUCAUCCAGGACCUAUUUGGCAUUCCACCCUGCAAUGGAGUGAUCAUAUUUACUCCAUUGAGUGAAGACAACCUCGCAACAAACGGAUCGACUGCCAGGGAGGAAAUUGAUCGUCUGGAACGGAGCGGCCACAGCCCCUCGAUCUUCAAGUCGAUCUCACGAUCUAUGAGUCGUCGUUUGAAAUCAAGCAGUGAGAACAGUGGCCCUCUUACACUAGGCUCCGGCAUGAGUCCUGGUGUCGCAAGCAUGAACUCCGGCUCUCCUGCCCCCAGUCCGCAAGUCGAAUCUCACAUGUCGCAUGCAUCGGAAGCAAUUUCACCGAAAGAGUCAGAAAAGACGAUUUUAUUACAGGACACACCGACGCUGGGGGAAUUGCCCGAGCGGACACCAUCCAAGAGUAUCACCUACCAAGGGGGAAAGGAUUGA